UAGAGAUGACGGCCGCAGGACAACUGGUCAGCGAAUGGAUGCUACCCGAGAAAGUGGUAAAACUUCUACAGCGUGGAGACCUGCUAGAAUUCAGGAGGGUAGCACCCAUAGGUGGGGCACCGCGAAACAUCUACGAGCAUUGGGCAGUAUAUAUAGGACAGUUCGAUAACGAGCCCCUUGUUAUACAUCUGUCAGGAAAUGGUGAGGAUUUCGCCGCAUCGAGCGGUAUCGGGGGCGGCGGAUUAUUUUCACUGAGCGGAUCUUCGAAUAUACUCAAGAGCGGUAAAGCUGAGGUGCGAUGCGAUCCCCUCUUUGAUGUUGCUGGUCGGAGCCUUGUGCGUAUCAAUAACGGACGUGAUGCCAAUCAUCGUCCUUUUCCUCCUACGAUCGUUGUUGAUCGAGCUCUGCUGCAGUUAGGAGCGCGAAACUAUAAUCUGUUCUUGAACAAUUGUGAGCAUUUCGUGAACUGGUGCCGCUAUGGAAUCAAAAUCAGCAGUCAGAACCUUAAAGCAAUCUCCAUCAAGUGUGUUCUGCUGGAAUUAGCAUUAACUGCCGUCGGUGCUUCUCCAGUGCUUGCCCUUUGUUCUGCUUUGGUCUACCGUUUCAUUGCCGUACCCGUUUCAAAUGCAGUAAACAGAUUUUUUGGCACAAACUUGUGUGUUUCUUAAACACAGCCAACAUGAUCUCAUUAUCCAGCUCAACAUUAUUGCAUUUAUAAGUAGAAACACAGCUAGUUUGAGACGAGUGAUUUGUGUGGUUAGCCUUACGUUUAAAGGUACAAUCUUACUAGAGCUCAUCAGGAAUUUACUGGAAAGCAUACUUAGCAGUCCUCAUUUUUUCUCAUGUUUUAAGGAUUUAUUGCACUUUUCGCUGUAAGGCAUUUUCAUCCACUUUCGAAGUGGAGCUGUUGCUGAACAAUCCGGUCAUGCCGGAUUGACAGCAAAUGCCUAUUUUUUCACAUCCGAUG